GAUGUACUCAAUUUCUAUUUUCCCAUGCAGGCUGAAAAAUUACUGACGCAGACAUUACCUUAUCCCUAUACUUCCCAAGAAGUUUUCGAGCAGAGCAUGCGGAUGCCCAUUGGACCUGAAUCCAACCCCGCAACAGUAGUUCCUGCUCUUAUUCGCCCAGAGGUGGUAAAGAGGAGCGGUAUUAUCAUAAAGCCAAUUCAAUUCAAGGAGGUAAAUCCCCAUGAAAGAGCGCGGGACAACAAACGUGGUGGGGUGCAGAACAAGAAGGGUGGUAAAAGUAGGGGUAAAGCGAAGACUGUAGAUCAGAAAAGCUAACUUCUUCGCGAGGAAGACUGUAGAUCAGAAAAGCUAACUUCUUCGCGAGGUUUGACAUUCUCACGAAGAAAUUGUUAUGGCAAUUCUGUAGUUUUGAGAUCCCUUGGUUGAUAAAUCAUCACUCGGGGUCUUUCUUGCCAUGUUCUUGUUACAGUUGGGCUCUUUUUUACAGUUUGGCAGAGUUCUUUGUAGUUGCAGUUGCAUAACGAGCCUCGUGGAUCAUGAAAAUGCGAGGAUUUACUCUCCACAGAUGCCGCAAUUUUUGGUUCUAUAGUAAUUCUUUAGCAGAUGACUGACAGGCUAUGGCGUGUAUGGUUAUAUUAUCUUCGGACUAGGUCUUAUGAGUGUACUAUGUGGAGAUUUGAAAGUAUUUUGAAGUGUAUAAUAGGUUCAAGUGAAGUAGAGGGGAUGCCAAAGAUCUUUCAUUUGUUGUAAGUUUAGAGCUUAGCUAUGAUUUUGUUAAAAUGAAUAUUGAGCAUUAAAUGUUUAUGUGCCAAAACCCAAUGUUAAUCAUUAUUAUUUGGAUGAAAAUAAUCACAAUUUUGGGUGUACCAAUGCUUUUAA